AUGGCUUCACACGAGACCGAUCGCGGCAGCACGACCCCGGGCCCGGAUUCCGCAGGGUUCCUUGAUGACGCCCGUUUCAGCCAGACUUUCACCCUGCCCUCCGGUCCCGGUCGACCGCACCCAUUCCGGGUCACGUACAGCGACUACGGCCACCGGGACCCGGAGGGCCCAUCACGAGAACGCGUUCUCCUCUUCUGCGGCCCGCUCAUGGGCAGCCGCCUCCUCCACGUCGCCAAGGACGCCCUCGCGAAGAAACACGGCGUCAGGGUCAUCCACCCGGACAGGCCCGGCUUCGGCGGCACCACGCCGGUGUCCGCCGCAGACCGCGUCCGCGUCUGGCUCGAGAUCGUGCCGGCCCUGCUGCGCCACCUUGGCAUCCUCCAUGUGUCUGUUGCCUCGCACAGCGCCGGCGCCAUCUACGCGCUCAACACCCUGCUCCACCUUCGCCACAUCCUCUCGCCCGCCCGCCCGUACGCGGCGCUCAUCACGCCGUGGGUCCACCCGUCUCGCUCGGGCGUCCUGCUCAUGACUGCCGCGAGCGGGUUGCCGGAGGCCGUGCUGGGCAAGUUCCACGCACUCGCCCUCUUCUCCCAGCGCAACAUCGCGCCCGUGGCCGGGUUCAGCAGCGGCAUUUUGAGCGGCUUGACGCCUGGUCUCGAAGCCGUGAGCAAGUUUUUACCGUCGCUGCAAACGAGUCCGGCGGUCGUCGAGGAGAGCGAGAGGCUGCCCGUCGCCGUUGUGAGCGAGAACGCACGUAUGGCCGCUUUCGAAGAGGCAGUCUGGAAGCAGCUCAUCGGGAAGGUGUUUGCGGAGAGCGUGCAGGGCCUCAGCGAGGACCUCAUCCUGCUGCUGAAGCGGGCGGCGCAUCCGGAGUACUGGGGCUCGUGGAAGGACUACGACGAGUUCGUCGCCCUCCUGGCCGAGGGGGAACGGAACCUGGGCGCCGGCGUGGUGUCGGAUGGCGCGAGGCUGGAGGUCGAGGUGUUUUGGGCGGCGGAGGACAACCUGAUCGGCACCGGAGACGGACCGAAGUGGUUCAACGACUGCUGGGGGGCUGAACGACGCGGUGACAGGAUCGACUUUGCGAGCCACAUCGUUCCCGGGGCCGACCACGACGGCAUUGUAGAGUUGGGUUUUGAUGUCAUGGAGCGGAUAUUCCGCCAUGUGGCCGGGACUGGUGGAGAUGCGCACUCGGGUUCGUCAAAUGUGGCAGUGAGUUCUUCUCAAGUGGAGGAGGCCGCUGUCCGGGGCGCAUCAUGUCCGAACCCAAGUUAG